AUGUUUGCCAAGUCGUUCGCCGUGUGGUAUAUGAGCCUCGGUGCUGCAGCCGCCGCUGGGGCGAGCUUAUACGACUACAUAGUCGUGGGUGGUGGAACGGCGGGUCUCACCAUUGCCAGGCGUCUCAGCGAUGACCCAAAGGUCUCCGUGCUAGUUCUAGAAGCGGGCGACGACCAUUCCGAGGACCCCAAUGUUCUGGUGCCCGGGCUUUUUCCAGCCAUGUAUGGUGAUCCUAAGUAUGACUGGGACUACAAGACGAUCCCGCAGACUGCCGCCAACGAUAGGGUAUUCGCCCACAUUCGCGGUAAACAGCUCGGCGGCUCAUCCGCCGUCAACUUCAUGUUCUGGACCCACGCCGCGCAACAGGAUAUUGACAACUGGGGCGAGCUCGGCAACAAGGGCUGGUCGUGGAAGGAACUGGCGCCAUACUAUGAGAGGUCGGAGACCUUCAUGCCGCCCUCUCAACAGCUGAUCCGGGACUUGCGCCUGGAGUUUGUUGACCCCAAAGCCCAUGGCUACAAAGGACCCAUUGUCAACGCGUUUCCGGAUCUUCACAGCCCGCUACUUCCGGCGUGGCCACGCACAUACGAGACUCUGGGACUGGGCGUCAAUGGAGACCCUCGAAGCGGGCUGGCGCUGGGGGGAUUUGUUAAUCCCCUUAGUAUUGACCCUUCGCGACGCGAAAGGAGCUAUGCUGCGAAUGCUUACUUGGGUCCCAUUCGCAAGCGAACGAACCUCAAAGUCAUCACCGGGGCUUUUGUCGACAGGAUUCUAGUGGACAAGAUUCGGUCCACGGCGGUAGCCACUGGUGUCCAGUGGACCAAGGACGGCGCCAAGGACACGGCAGAUGCUCGUAGCGAGGUGAUUCUCUCCGCCGGAUCGAUCGCCUCGCCUCAGAUCUUGGAGCUCUCGGGUAUUGGGGGCAGGCGGCUCUUGCAGAAGCAUGGCAUAGAGGUGAAGGUGGACAAUGCCAAUGUCGGACAGAAUUUGCAGGAUCAUCUUUACGUUCCACUUGG